AUGCCUGCCUCCCCUAUGAUGUUCCUGAGCCUCCUGACCGUCCUGCAGCUAAGCCUGGCCAGCUCCCUGGCACCUGGAACCCUCACUCGGUACCUCCCUGAGAAUCACAUCGAGCUCCCAGGCCCUGCCCUGUGGGAGCCUCAAGCCCGCCACCUCCGGCGGAGGGGUCCAGGCAAGAAAGAGCGGGGCCCUGGCAUGCCAGGCCAGGCCCAGGAUGGGGCUGUGGUCACUGCCAACAGGCAGAACUCAGGGCUGCCAGGAGCUGGGAAGCCGCUGCCUGAACAGAGUCCUGCAGGCCUGACACAGGACAAGCACCUGCUCCUGGACCUGGCAUUGCCCAAUGCCAAGAAGGAGGACCGCUCUCCAGGGUGGGAGAGGGUGAAGAAACGUGGCCGGGAACAGAAGCGGCGCAGGGACCGGCUGAGACAGCACAGAGGUCGAGCCUUGGUCCGAGGCCCCAGCUCCCUCAUGAAGAAGGCCGAACCCUUUGAUGACCAGACCCUGGAUGCCACCAUGGAGGACUCCUCCACCAGCCUGGCGCCCACCAUGCUCUUCCUGGCCACCCUGGAGGCAGCAUCUGCUACGGAAGAGUCCCUCAUCCUGCCUGCCCCCUCCCUGCUGCCCCAGCAGGCACAGCCCCGGCAGGACGGGGAGGUGACGCCCACACUGGACAUGGCCUUGUUCGACUGGACCGAUUAUGAGGACUUAAAACCUGAAGUGUGGCCCUCUGCAGAGAAGAAAGAGAAGCACUGGAGGCCACUGCCGUCCAGUGACGGCAACCAGACUUCGCCUGCUGAGGAGGAAUCAUGCAGCCAUCACCAGGACUGCUUGCCAGGGUCCUGCUGCGACUUACGGGAGCGAGUCUGCACACCCCACAACCGUGGCCUCAACAACAAAUGCUUUGACGACUGCAUGUGUGUGGAAGGGCUGCGCUGCUACGCCAAAUUCCACCGGAACCGCAGAGUCACGCGGAGGAAGGGACGCUGCGUGGAGCCGGAGACCGCCAACAGCGACCAGGGAUCCUUCAUCAACGUUUAG